CACAGUUCAAAAAUAAUUACACACCACCCCACCUAUAUUCCCAAGCUCGAGUUGUCAUUCACCCUCGUCAUUGUCUUCUGAACGUGUGUCACAAAAUCUAACCAGCAAAGGUCAACAUGGCAGAAGCAGUUUUCAAAAAGUUUGACGCCAGCGGUGAUGGCAAGAUGGACGCAAAAGAGCUGCAGGCAGCGCUGAAAGAGAUGGACGUGGCGCCAAGCAAGGAUCUUCUUAAGGCGAUCAUGGCCCAGUAUGACAAGGCACCCAAAAAUGGUCUUCUGGAGUUGAAUGAGUUCAAGAACCUGGUUGCUGACUUGCAAACCAUCCAAAAUGCUAGUGUUGAGGAGGUCCUGGACACCUUUACCACCUUUGACAAGGAUAAGAGUGGCUUCAUCGAGCCUGAUGAGUUGAAGGAAGUCAUGACGUCACUCGGCAUGGGAAGUGACGAAAACACCAUCCAGGCCAUGAUUGCCAUUGCCGACAAAGACGGCGACGGCAGAGUCAGCGUUGCCGAGUUUGCUAACAUCAUCGGGCACGGGAAAUAGGCGCAUAAGACAUAUAGCAGUGGACGGAGUGCUAAGUACUCUGUCCCCCUGUGGUGUCCACUUGCGAGCAUACAAUGAUGCCAUAGUGUUUAGAGGAAUUCAGGUAACUACUUGGUGACAAAAAUCGCCUACUGGAAUAUAGUAACGAUUAAAGGAACGCUUCAUGCUUCAAGUAAAAACUAAAUGCAAGAUUGAAGAUGACAUACUGAUAUUUCUUCGUCUCCAUCUUCAAAGUACGUUUUUUAUCGUUUAGAUCAAGAAGGUAUCAAGGAAAGAUUGAAUCCAAGUGUUUCGUAACGUCGAAGACAUGAAUAAUUGCCAUAAAUGCGAAAUUUGGCUCUCAGUAGGUAGAAAAGAAACACACGUUUUGUCUGUUACUUUUAAUUGGAUAUGCUAAUCGGUGCAAAAUAAAAUGGUGCUCUGCUCAA